UCAGUCUAAAUGCUGAAGGGAUGGUGUGUGUUUCUCCUUCAGUAAGUAGUUGAAUGAGAAUUGUUGUGCCUGAUGGAGCUGGAGGAUCAGUGGUGGAAAGGACAAGUGGUUGCCGAUAUCCACCAGGCUCUUCGCAUCAAGGAGCUGAAACUACUUCCCUACAAGAGCCGUUCUCCUCAGCUGAAUGUCCGGCGAUAUUUUGCAGAUCUUCUUGCAAUCAUCAGCAAUCAUUUUCGUCUUUGCCCCACUGCUCGUCAUCUGGCUGUUUACCUUCUAGAUUUAUUCAUGGACCGUUAUGAUAUUUCUGUGCAGCAGUUGCACCUGGUGGCACUCUCCUGUUUACUUUUGGCAAGCAAGUUUGAGGAAAAAGAAGACCGUGUACCCAAACUUGAGCAACUGAAUAGCCUCAGUUGUAUGACCAGUGUGAAUCUGAUGUUAAACAAACAGACCUUGUUGCAUAUGGAGCUCUUGUUACUGGAAUCCUUUCAGUGGAACCUCUGUCUGCCAACUGCUGCCCACUUUAUUGAUUAUUACCUCUCCAUUGCUGUGCAUGAAACUGAUCUUCAUGAUGGAUGGCCUAUGCUUUACUUGGAGAAGACCAAGUUAUACACUGAAAAGUAUUCUGCCUACUUUCUAGAAGUGUCUUUACAGGUUGCUGCUGCUUGCAUAGCAGCAUCUCGAGCUGUUCUCAAACUCUCCCCUUUCUGGCCUGUCCGAUUGCAACAUCUUACUGCUUAUGCAUGGGAAACACUGUUACCCUGUGUUGAACGUCUGUUGAUUGCUCAUGACAAUGAUGUGAAAGAAGCCAGCAAACAAAAAGGUGACCAAUCAGUUAUGCAAACUGGACAGACAACUUUCUCAACGCAUUCUACAGCUUCCUCCCAAACCCGGACUGAGCUGAAUACUCUACCAUACUUGCACCCAAACCUGCUGCAGUAUUCCCAUCAACAGCCAUUGCAGCUGAAUUGCCAAAGUACCCUUCCAACUGGGCAGACAGCAAGAUACACGGCGCCACCACAUCCUUCGAAUAUCCAAGCUAAUGCUUCAUCUCAUGGACCCAUGCAAACUAAUGCUGCUAUCUCAUCAGCUACAAAUAUAGAAGUUAAACCUUCUAUUAAUAUUCCUUGUAACCAGGUCUACCAAGUCAAUGGUCGCUUAAACAUGAACAGCAAUAUCCAUUAAAAGCUAACUGUAAUAAUCUAAUCCAGUUGUUAAAAUACAGUACUAAAUGUGGGGUCAAUUUUAUUAGUAUAAUUAUACUUUGAAAAAGCAUUUUUUUUUCUACAUAUCAAGGGGGGAAAAACAAUACGAGAUAUUGGGAUCAUUGAGUACUAAUAAGUUUUUAGUUUAUAAAAUUAACUAAAAGAACUUAUGUAUGCAGAUAUAUUUGAUGGUUAAUAAUAGGUAAUUUCAUUAAAAUACAACUUCAUUUGAUCUGGCAACCAGUUGAAUCAAGAUAGUGAAAGGCUGGCAGAUAAACAAGGCAGGAUGCUAAUUUAGGAGUCUUGGUGGCCUUGAAUUGGCCCUAAUUUCAAACAGAUUGGUAAUGUUGCUCUCCUGUGUACAAAUUUACUAAAUAAUAACUAAUGACAAUUUUAAUAGCAGCAUUUUCUAGUGCAGUCAUUAUUUCUGAUUUAAGGGUUGAAUGUAAUUGAGUGCUCUGUGUAUUAUCUCUAUAAUAAAUGUACUUUGACACCUAAAGAAGGGAAACCACUUUCAAUAACUGAUACCUACCUCAUUAGUUAUAUUUGGAUUGUAUCUGCAUAAUCACAGCCAGGCUGAUGAAGUAGAGCAAUAUAAGAAUAGUUUAUGUUCAAUUUCAAAGAUGGGUGGCAACUUUUCCUUCCCAUUUCAAAUAUGAUGGAUGACUUGUGUAAUGUAAAACACCUUGUUUGUGUUUCAGUUAAGAUACAAAUUUCCUAUUUUUUUCAGGUGCUUGCAUCAGUUUCUUUUUUAAAGAUUUAAAAACUUAAAGCUACUGCAAAUGCUCCACCUACCAUGAUGAGAUUAAAAGUGCUAUCCUUCCCUUAUUUAAUUACCUUCCUUUUCUGUCGAUGAUUCUGAAUGUUAAUAUUGUAGUGCUUAAACAUUAAUUAUUGCUUUUUCUGUUGGGGGGAAUGUAUUUUAACCUUUAAAAAAAAUGAAAAGAUUGUUCAGUUUAUGUUUCAAAAAUUAAGCAAUACUUUGUUAAUGAUAAAAAAAAUUGAGAUAUAAAUAUGAUCUUUUGUUUGUUUUCUAGAAUAGCAUGUCAAUAGAAUAAAUCAAUUUUUAUAGGUUGACAUAACAAGAAUCCCAGAAUGGAGAACUUUAAGUGCUUUAACUUUAUUCUGCAGUUGUCAGUAUUUUAUAAUUAAAAUACUUUCCACUGGAUUUGUUCAGUGUUUCUUCCUGGCUAGUAUAUUUAUAAUUUUAAUUUAGAAUCUAAUGGUGACAGUUUGCAAGUUGGGAAUAAAAUAAUGACCACAAUAGUACAUAAUGACCACAAAGUACAUACUGAAAAUUGUAGGUUAUCUCGGACCUGAUGAACAAAGAAGCUGAAAUGUUUUUUUUAAUUAAGAAAUAUGUGGGGAAAUUGCAGGACUGAAAGCUGACAGAUGCCCUGGACUAUGUGACUCACAGUAGAUUCCAAAAGGGGUGGCUGGGGAGAGUGGAUCUUCAAAAAAAUGUGUUAAUGUGAUCACUUAUGCAAAAUCUCAUGUUUUGUAGACUAUGUAUGUCAGCAAAAAAAGAAAUCUAAUUUGAGUUGCAUAACACAAACCAAAUUGGGGCAAUCUUCCCAAUUUGCUGUGAUUGUGGAACAUUUCAUUGUUUGGAAGGUAGCAAAUAUAACACUGCCAUCCAAGGAAGGAAAGGAAAACAUGGGCAAUGACAUCUUGGCUAACCUUGCAUCAUUUGUCUGGAAAAUUGUGGGCAUCCAUUGUCAAAUAAAUGGUGAUGGAGCAUUUGAAGUUUUGUGAUUAGGCAGUGUCAGCAUGAUUUUAUUCAAGGGAUCUUG